AUGAACCUUUCGGGCAAGUUUGUCACAGAAUUGACCUUGUUUGACCCCAGCGAAGGCCCGGUCAGGACUUCACACAUUAACCUGGGCGUCUUCCUGGCCACCGACCAGGCCAUGGGGGACCAUUCUAUUUACAAGGUGUCGCCCGUUUCACCCCUGGCUCUGCUCAAAAUUAAGACGCAAGACAGACUGGUCCGCCUCAAUGACAUGCCUGUGGAGGGUUGGUCUCACAGCAGCGUCAUCGACUUCGUCAGGAACCUUACCCUUGCCGAUAACGUUACCUCGCCGCCCUUGCCUUCGCCCGCAUGCACACCCGCGCCCACGACGAAAGGAGAAAGAGGAAGAACAAAAAUUGGAGGAAGAGGGAUAGGAGGAGCGGGAGAAGGAGCGAUAGGAGGGAAAUUGUCAAACGACCCAGGGAUACUCGUGCCUUUUUCUCUGGAGUACCGCAGGGCAGGGAAGAUGGUUCGUUCCACCGACGAGGCGCCCACGAGCAAGCGAGUCGAGGCCUUGUUGAGAGUUCGACGCAAGAGAGCCACAGUGGAUUCGGUCAAGGAAUCCGAAGUCAGAGUCAGGCACGAAAGCGAGCACGUCAUGAGGCUGAGACUGAAACAUGACCUUCCUCUCUACGUCAAGGUCACCGCGAGGCCGAACGGGGUCAUGGACUUGAGGACAGGGGAGACGGAUGCUCAUGACGAAACAGUAUGCUUCACGCUACACCUGUUUACACCCUCCCCUCCCUAUGCUGAGGGCGGGCAGGUCGUGGUGUUGGAGACGGGCAAUGCAGGGGGGGUUGUGCAUGCUAACUCCCCUGCAAGCAUUGGCAUAUUGCAGGGCACGACUGUCCCAGUUUCGGCACUUACCCAGGUGGACAUCAAGUUUUUCCUGAUGCAUAGCGCUGUGGGCAGUCCUUUCGUCUCUUUGAAAAACCUGCAUACUGGUAACUACUUGUCAGCUAGUUUAGAGGGCUUGAAGCUAGUACGACCUGACAACAACAAGCUGCUGCCAGAUUCCUGUUUAUUUCAAGUCCAUUACUGCCAGCACUAGAUUCAAUUUCCUGUGUGUUAGAUUAACAAAAAACCUGAUUGUAUAUGUACGAGAGGAUAUGUUAGUUACCAUGCCUUUAUAUACGUUUUGUUUGUAAUGUGAGAAAGGUUUCGAUUAAUUUAAAAGGCGAUUCUUGCCUAAGUGGUGUUGCAUAAGAAUUGGUCAUGAUAAAUGUUUUAUUUCACAUGAACUGAAUGUUGUUCUUAUCCAUAUAUGUAUGACAGUUUUUGAAUUAUUUAAGGAACAUGGAUAAAGCUAAUAAUUUAGA